CAGAGAGAUAGAGAGAGAGAGAGAUAGACGGAGAUCUCUGGAGCAGACCUCAAGCUCCUCCAUCCCUCUCCGAGCUCGGACGGUUCCGCACUUAUUUCCCCGGCAACUUCGGCCGCAGCAUCAGGCAUCGCUGCUUAUCGUGUUGUGGCUGGUGCAGACCCCCCAAAGCCCGCCCAGGGAGCUGGCUGCGCUAAUGAUUUUGGACCAUACCAUGCGGCGAAUGCCAGCCCAGAGGGGGCCGAAGCCUCAGGGCGGGUGACUUCCAUUUCUACUGGUUCACGUCUGGGGGGGGCCCUGGCCGGGCAGCCCCCCCACGUUUCUCCUGCCCUGAAACACGGCUCUAGCCAACCUGCUCCGCUGCUUCACCUGCGACCGCCUGUGCGGGGGCUGCACGGCGCCGGCGCCCCCGGCCCGCCAGGGCAUCGUGCUCCAGCCCGUCAUGCCCAGCUGUGACCCGGGCCCGGGCCCUGCCUGCCUCCCCGCCAAGACGUUCCGCAGCUACCUGCCCCGCUGCCACCGCACCUACAGCUGCGUCCACUGCCGCGCGCACCUGGCCAAACACGAUGAGCUCAUUUCACAGUCCUUCCAAGGGAGCCACGGCCGGGCCUACCUGUUUAACUCCGUGGUCAACGUGGGUUGUGGGCCGGCUGAACAGCGCCUUCUGCUCACGGGGCUCCACUCGGUAGCGGAUAUUUUCUGCGAGAGUUGCAAAACCACACUGGGCUGGAAAUAUGAGCAAGCCUUUGAGACAAGCCAGAAGUACAAGGAGGGGAAGUACAUCAUUGAAAUGUCACACAUGGUGAAGGACAACGGCUGGGACUGAGGGGCUCAGGCAGGCAGUGCCCUUCCUCCGCAUGCCCCACCCUCCCACACCUGUCUCCUGGCCCUGCCAAGCAGUCCAUACCAGCAUGAGUACUGCUCCACCCCUGGGGGGAUCCCGGCUCCCACCAACCCCUCCCGCCUCCACCUCAUCACUCCCAGGCCUCUUUGGCACAGGGGUCUGGGGUACCCCAGGGGUGUUCAAGGCUCAGGAGUGGGCAGCAUUCAGGGAGAGACAGAACUGGGGGAAAGGGGUGGUUGUGGGUCUCCGAGCCCCAAGGUCCUAUAAAUGGAGGUGAUGGCAGGGUAUGCACUAGGCAGAGGACCAUAGGAGGGAUCCGUUUUUGCUCCACUUUUUGAGUGAACAGGGGACAAAGCCUGAGUCAGGGGGCAGGGCUGGUACAUCCUAGGCCACAGAGUAGCAGAGAAAAGGCUUGGGUUGGGGCAAAAUUUUGGCCUCACACACAGGGAGAUACCAGUCUCCAAGGGUGAAGUAUCCCACCCCAUGAGUAGGAUUCUGGGGGUGGAAGGAAAAAUCUCAAAUCCCAGGCCCUGGGAAAUAAAGGGAUCACAGGGGUUUCCAUUUCACUCCACUUGUUUAUCUUGGCACUAAAGAGGCACUUUCCAGUAUCUAACCUUUGCCACUGGGUGGGGUGGGGAAAGCUGCCUCUGGAACAGCCCCCGCCCCCAGCUGGCUGUUUCCGGAGAGAGCAGUCUCUGUGGGCAUCCCCUGAGGCCCAGCCACUGCUCCUUGGGACACAGUCCCUUGGAGAGGAGGUGGGACAUCAGUGCUACGGGGUCAAGCUUCCUCGUGGUUGCCACCAGCGAAUGAAACUUUUGUAUGAUACAUAAAGUGUUUGGGUUUAUUUUUAAUAAAAAGGGGAAAAGCAGCAGUGAGUUGCUGUCCUCUGACUUUCCUUCCUUGUGCAAGUACCAUAGCCACCCCACCCCAUCCCUUCAGGCCACUAGGGGGCAGCAAUUGCUUUGUCUGUGGCAUGACCUCACUAGAGCCUUCACCGGGGGAUGGGUAUUCAGGUGAGGUUUUGCUUAGUAAGGGGGAUCACUUUUGUGAGAGGUAUCCCAUUUGAAGCAUCCACAAGUUUGAGUCUACUGGAGCCCUUGACAAUGAAUCAGUUUUUGCCUGGAUCCAUGAUUGGACAUCUGGAAGCAGCUCAUCCCAGAACCAGGGUGUACUGGGUCCCACUGCCUCUGCACCUGAUUCUGUAAUGUUUUGGUCAGCUCUUGGCCACACUUAAGGCUAAAAGGAAAAUCGACCAGCCAAGGUGCUGCCCUGGCAGUUGAUACGAAGUGGAACAAAACAUCUCAAAAUUGCAGUAUCAACGCAACCAUGUGACCCAAGUGCAAUUUUUGGCAGUGAUGUGAAAUUGCUAUUGUUGUUGGGUCACUGACAACUGCAGGCAGGACUGUACACACCAUAAAAACCAAAUAACAAGCUAGCUUGUUACUUCCAGAUUCAUUCAUUGAUAUUGCAAAUAUUUGCAAAGCAACUAUUUGCCAGGCGUGGUGUUAACCACUGGGGAUGCCAUGAAGAACAAGGCAGCUCGGCCUGACUUCAUGGCAGUCUAGUAGGACAAACAGUAACCAGGCAAUUCCAGUAGGUGACGGGAUCUUAACAGGGAUGG